GCAGAACAAGUAGUGUGCUGUGCUGCAGAGUGUGGUGGAGUGGGGCAGACCGGGAGCAGGGGGGGGGACUGACGGACACACAGGCGGCCUGACGGAGCUGCAGGGGUGACUCCAGUGGGAGAGACAGAGCCUGAGCGGUCCACUGGAUCAGGAAGGUGGCGUCACACAUCUCUGCAUUCCUGGCACAUAUCUCAGCUUGGAUGUCGGCCCAACACCUCAAGCUCAACCUCGACAAGACUGAGCUGCUCUUCCUCCCAGGGAAGGCCUGCCUGUUCCAAGACCUCUCCAUCACGGUUGACAACUCCACUAAAGGACCAUGAUGCCCUCUCGCUGUAGGACUGUGCUGCAUAUCGUGACGACCACCCUCUUUGCCACUGUGGUCCUUUUUGGGAUCCUGCUGGCUUACGUGACUGGCUACCAGUUCAUCCACACAGAGCAGCACCACCUGUCUUUUGGCCUGUACGGAGCUAUCCUAUCUCUGCACCUCUUCCUCCAGAGCCUGUUUGCCUUCCUGGAGCACAGACACAUGCGCAGCCCCGCCCAGCCCCAGCACCUGCGGCGCUCUGUGGCCCUGUGCAUCGCUGCCUACCAGGAGGACCCAGACUACCUGAGGAAGUGCCUCCGCAGCGUGCGCCACAUCUCUUUCCCCGGCCUGAAGGUGGUGCUGGUGGUGGACGGGAACAGGCCGGAGGACGGCUACAUGAUGGACAUCUUCCAGGAGGUGAUGGGGGGAGCGGAACAGGCCGGCAGUGUGGUGUGGAAGGGGAACUACCACAGUGAUGGGGGCGGGGGUGGAGGGGUGGGCGGAGGGGGGGCCAGAGCAGCGUCCCUGCAUGCGGAGGAGGCUGCACGUGUGGCCAGGCUGGUGAGGAACUGUCGCUACUCCUGUAUCAUGCAGGAGUGGGGAGGGAAGAGAGAGGUGAUGUACACAGCUUUCAAAGCCCUGGGAGACUCUGUGGACUAUAUGCAGGUGUGUGACUCAGACACAGUUCUGGACCCAGCGUGCACCAUAGAGAUGCUGAAGAUUCUAGAAGAGGAUGCAAAGGUGGGGGGAGUAGGUGGAGAUGUUCAGAUCCUGAAUAAGUAUGACUCGUGGCUCUCCUUCCUGAGCAGUGUGCGUUACUGGAUGGCCUUCAACGUGGAGCGGGCCUGCCAGUCCUACUUUGGCUGUGUGCAGUGUAUCAGUGGUCCCCUGGGCAUGUACCGUAACUCCCUGCUGCAGCAGUUCCUGGAGCCCUGGUAUCACCAGACCUUCCUGGGCAGCAAGUGCAGUUUCGGUGACGACCGCCACCUCACCAACCGUGUGCUCAGCUUCGGCUACAAGACCAAGUUCACCGCUCGCUCCCAGUGCCAGACUGAAACGCCAACGCGCUACCUCCGCUGGCUCAACCAACAGACCCGCUGGAGCAAGUCCUACUUCAGGGAGUGGCUGUACAACGCUCUCUGGUUCCACAAGCACAGCCUCUGGAUGACCUACGAGUCUGUGGUGACAGGCUUCUUCCCCUUCUUCCUGGUUGCCACAGUGAUCCACCUGUUCUACCGUGGGCGCCUGUGGAACAUCCUUCUCUUCCUGUUGACAGUGCAGCUGGUUGGCAUGGUGAAGGCUACCUACGCCUGCUUCCUGAGGGGCAGUCUGGUCAUGAUCUUCAUGUCUCUCUACUCCCUCCUCUACAUGUCCAGCCUGCUGCCAGCCAAAAUCUUUGCCCUGCUGACUAUCAACAAGGCUAGCUGGGGCACAUCAGGACGGAGGAAGAUUGUGGUGAACUUCAUUGGGGCGGUGCCUGUCACAGUGUGGGGGGUUGUGCUGCUGGGUGGGGUUGCCUACACCAUCUACUGUGAGACCCAGGAGCCCUUCAGUGAGACAGAGAAAGCCCUGCUCAUCGCUGGGGCCAUCCUGUACGCCUGCUACUGGGUCAUCCUGCUGGUUCUUUACCUGGCUAUAGUAGCCAAACGCUGCAACAAGAGGGAGGAGCAAUACCACCUGCCGUAUGCAGAGGCAUAAGACAUUAAUCAAUUAUCAGUGUUUCAAUGGUGCUGCUGGAACAGCUGAGACAGUUUUAGGCCCCACCCCUCUCAUGCCAUUCUGUCUCCAUGGUGCUAAACCUCUGGUUCUAAGGGACAUAUGUGGUAUGAAUGUGUUGUAGAGUGCUCUACCAGUGGUCAUGAGUUACAAGGGCAUGGUGCUUUCCAUAGAUAUAAAGCACAUUAUCAUACAACCCGUUUACAAGAGAUUGUAAGAGCUAUGACACAGGCCUGGGGGUUUGGGCUUAUCAAAACAAGUAUAUGUGUCAGUAUGAAGCAGUGUUGAUAUGUCUCCAGCCUGAGUUGAAUGACUGAACAUAGAGACAGUAAGACACAUGUACAGAGGGCCCUCUUUGCCUCAAUCAGGUGACACAAUGAUCUACAGUUGUAUUUAUUUAAUACAGUAAUUUAAAGACAAUCCAACAUUUAUACAUAACCCAUAAAUACAUUUUUGGUGCUGUUGAACAGUGCCCAAGAUAAAAGUUUAGCUCAUAUGGUAAUAGUCCAAUCUUCCAAUGCCUGCAAGGAUAUUUAAAUCCAAUUAAAUGAGUCAAUUAAUUUUGUGUGGGCAUUUUAUUGUAUGAGUGCCACAUUGUAUACACAUUACAUAGAGUAUCAAUGCUCAGUACAGGAUAUAAUUUACCAAUUUACCAUUCAUUCCAUCAUGUAAACUGCUAUGACCAAAGACCACUUGUUUUUUGACCGCAUGCCUGACCAUUAGUAUAAUGCAAGUACUAACUCCACAUUGCUGUUAUUAGUUGUUUAAUUCAGAAUAAGAAAAUAGAAAACCAUGAUCCCCUUUUAACAAGGCCAUUGGUAUUAGUGUAGGUGCCAUGUCUAAGUUGACAUGUUUUUGUUGUUGGAGAAUGGAGAUACUGUAUGUUUUUGUUGUUGGAGAAUGGAGAUACUGUAUGUUUUUGUUGUUGGAGAAUGGAGAUACUGUAUGUUUUUGUUGUUGGAGAAUGGAGAUACUGUAUGUUUUUGUUGUUGGAGAAUGGAGAUACUGUAUGUUUUUGUUGUUGGAGAAUGGAGAUACUGUCGUGGAAAUUUUCACUCUUGUGCUUUUUAAGUUGUGUCAAUAUUAUUUUAUUCAGUGAGAAUUGCAUAACUUGAAAGUGCAAACAAGACACAAGAAACAACACUUGUUUACAGGGUUGCUCAGCCUCUGGCGCAGUAGGUCAAUUUGACGGUACAGUAUAUUUCCAUGACCACACAGUCUGAGUAGAUAUUAAAGUACAAACUUGGUAGAUCGGCCAUCUAUAUGCAUUUGCAGUGUUGUCUUGGCUGUAAAUCAGAGUUUGCUGUUGUUGGGGCUCAAAACUGCAACCUCAACAUUAGCCACAGGAAUGUUUCCCUCUACUUUCAAGGGUGUAUGUAAUGUGACUGUGUAAUAAGACUCACAGUAGUAUAGAUAUUGGGAUUACAUGAAGAAAUUAGAGGCAUAAAUAAAAUAGAGAGAGAGAGGACUGUUAUUGAUGUUGUAUGGUGUGUAGAUAUCAUAUACAAUAUUUGUUAUAGUAGCGUAUCUAUCAGGCUGAACAGCUCUCAGUCUACAAUAUUGUCUUUCAUGCCGUUUUUGAUUUCCUCAAUACUUCCUGCCUCUGAUGUACACUCAGACCCUUGAGCUGUGACAGUUUCCGACCACUCACGUUUGACAAUAAAUCAAUGGGUCUCAUAACGCUGAGUGACAGUAGAUGUCCACCCAUAUUUUGUAGGCAUAUCUUACAUGGAAAAACACUCUUAUAAUAGAACUUGUUUGAAUAUAAUUAUAGAACUAUUCAAUAAGUCUUAACGUGACUUAAAAUCGACACCAGAAUGUUCUAGGCAUUCUCUCAAUGCCGCAGAACGACUGUUGAGCCUAACCAAAAAGCCAUGGCAGCUCAGCUCAUACAUCAUUCAAUGUUUACAAAAGGCAAUGUUUCAAAGAAUAUUGCAAAGUAAUAUAUUUUCUGUAUUGAACAUUUACAAAGAUAUUUUGAAGAUGCAUUAAGAAUGAUGGCGUGAAGAACAGGCUUAUAUUUAAAAGGAAUUAUGGAGUUCUGACAUUUCAUGAAACAGCUGUUUACAUCAUGUUUAUAGUAUGAUGUAGCUAGCACAUCAUGGUCAGUGAAUUCAGUGUGGUUUGGUCUCUAGAGCUCAACAUUGCUACACUGGUAUUUGUGAAGUUACAUGGAUGAGAGAUAAGACUUAUUUUAUAUUACCAUUUAGGGAUGAUAUGUAGAUUUAGAACAGGUAGGUAUAAAUGUCAUGUAGAAGUAAUUAACCAACAGAUAACAUUUCUAACAGUAGCACGGUAAAAAAAAAACAUUUAAAAAACCUCUCAGAAUCAAGCAACAGCAUAUGGCUAUUGAUACACAACAUAACACAUAUAGUUUUAUUGGUAUAGAAUAGCUGAAAAUAAAGUAUUGUAACCACCCAUGUAUUUCAGUAUGAACAUAUUUAAAUACAGUAUAAAAUACAUGUUUUUGGAAAAAGGUUUUGUAUUUACAUUUCAAUCAGAACAUUUAUU